AUGUCAGGCCGAAGCGCCUAUGUGCGCAAGAAGAUCACCCAGACCGACAAGGAAAAGGCUAGAGCGAGGUCAAAUACGGCCAAUGGCGGUGAAUUUGAUGAGAUUCCCAUCCCCGACUUUCCUUUGCCGCUGGCAGGGGCCUCACUGCCUGUUGGCACCGGCAUCGGAACCACCAACGCCCGCUUCCUCAAGUUCUCCGAGCCGCCUCGCGAUGUCAAGAGUGGAACUCCCAGCAUAGGUAGCGGAAGCGGAAGCAGUGCCGAUGGCCGCCGAGACGGAGGCGUUGGACCCUUGGACGACUUCGCCUAUGCCCGUGCCCGGAGGCCCACCAUCAAGACGGAGGAUGUUUCCGGCAUUGAGAAGUCGGGGUUGCGAAGCAGGCUGGAUAAGAAAAGCGAGGAUGUAAGACGAGGACUAGCAAAGACUUUCGCUUUCAAGCGCAAGGAAAAGGAAUCCGAAUUCCGCCCAGAGUCUGUGGCUACCGUGAGGCCGAACCAGUACCAAAAUCCUACGCCCCUCUCUCCGCCAGAGCCAGAGUACACCUAUGAACAGUUCAACAUCGACUCCAUACAGCAAAUGCAGCUACAGAUGCAGAUGCAGUUGCAGAUGCAGCAGAUGCGCUAUCAAGAGGCGGACUUGCCCACGUCGCCGCCGCCAGCGUCCAAACUGCCCCCUGUUCCAACAACACCGCCCAUCAAGCGAUGGAUCGGUGCGGGAAGGCCGGUUCAGAGAUGGAACAAGCUGAGAAAAGACCCCGAGCUGUGGGAUCCCAACGGAGACGUUCUGGUCUUCUUCGGUCACAAGGGCCAGACACCGCGGCCGAACCCGUCAUUCAGACUAUCAUCGCAUAUUGUUGAAGCCACCGAGUCGAGGUAUCUCAUUACGUUGCUACGCGAGGGCACCACAGAGGAGGACAUCUACAUGCCUCCGUCACCACAAGGCGCACCCCCCAUGCUGCGGCCGCACAUGGGCCGUGGCCAGCCGACGCCGCCUAUAUCAGAGGAUCUCGGAGAAGCCGAUGGUCAGAUCUCUUACGAGAUGUAUUUCCCUACUCCGCCGAAUAUGACCAAGCUGGAACAGCUGCGGAGCCAGAUAACGACGAGAAACGUGUUUGCCCUGCUUUACCACGCAUCUCUUGUCGGCCUAUCGCUGCAACAAGCCCUCUCAGACCUUCACUCACGAUUGGACGCCUAUCUUCCCUCGGAUUCUGACAAUGUCGGUACGAUCAUCAACUACUUGUCCGCCCGUGGCAUCGACGACGUCCGCAACGAUCCGGAGACGGCAGUCAGCCUCCUGGCAUGGUCAGAAGGACAGGCAGUACGCUGGGAGGAGGGCUGGCGUGAGAGUUUCCUGCACUGUGCCGGCAUGUACAACCAGCUGGAGCAGUGCACCGACUUCAACCAGCUCACGCCCAUCACCAGGGCACUGUUGGAAAGGGCUUGUCUCGAGACGCAGCUCCGCAUCCAGGCUGCUGAAGAACGACUUGCAGAGUUUCAGUACGGUGACAUGUGGCCGGCUGGCGUCAACGGGCCCGCGAAAGCAGCAGCGGAUCGUCUUCAAAAGUUCUUUUUGAGUCACUAUUCGCGCGCUCACGGAUGCUGGCCGCCAGCCCCAACAGCCGGUCUGCCAGACUCGGAAGGUGAAGACAUUUGGCUCACAAGGGGCACCGCCCAGUUACUCCAAAAGGACUUUGGCGCUCUCUACGACUACCUCAUCAACCGCGAUAUUAUCUGGGACAUGUCGGAGGCCCGUUCAGGACGCAAAUGGAUGAUGCUCAGCGAGAAAGACCGAGGGUUCGACGCCGAUGUCGACAUCCCAAUGACGGAUAUGCUCGUGGAAUAUGAUAACAAGCUGCGAUUUCCGCAUAUACCUCACCCGUUUCCUCUGGUUCCGGAGUCGAUCCCUCCGGCACUGAUCCCUAAGGAGACAUCCAUGUUCAAGAAGAAGAAUGGAGCGACGGCCAACAACGGAGGACGAGGCGGCGCUUUAGAAAGACGGGUCCAGUUGGCAUACACUGAAGCCACUAAUAUUUACAUUUUGGGAUCGGACUUUACCCAGUCCGACCUCAUUGACGCAUUUGUCAAGUUUGAAAAGUCUGACAGCAUCACCGAAGUCGAUCCGGCCGUGGCUAGGAGGGGGCGUUGGGUUCUCAUCUACGGCAUCCUCCAAACGCUGGCGAGCGUUUCCGUAGAUGCUCCCAAUGUGCGGUACCGAGACGACGUCCCAUAUCACCUGUCUCCUCGUCUGAAGGGUGCAAGAGUACCUCCGUGGAAGGGAUCAGGCACGCCGGACGAGGCUUCGCACGAGCUGUCGCAUUGUUGGAUUGUCCAGAACACUUGGAAUAACACGAGCAGCAGCGGCAACGAGAGCUCCAGUGGAUCGGGGAACACCAGUCCUGUCCACAGCCCUGUCCAUGGUCCUGGUCGCACUUUUGCCUAUCCCCCGGCACCGCCUUCCACCGCCUCAAGAGGCUCCGGCUACCAGACGCCUGCUUCUCGUUCCAUCUACUCGACGGGAUCGGCGCCGCCGUUCAGUUCCGGUCACAGUGUUGUUAGCGAAAGCGAUACGAGCAGCAGUGUACGCACGCCUGCGUCCAGUCGUCCAGCGACCAACAUGCGCCGGGCGCAAUCUCGGGACAAUGUCAAGGGUCUCGGAGGUGGGCCGGGCAGCCUGCGUAGCGCGGGCACGUUCGGAGUGGAGCGCGGCGAGGGGAUGGAGUUGCCGAUGCGUAGGCGAGACCACACCGCCCAGAGCGACGCAGGCAGCAGUGCGCAUGGGGGUUACGCGCGGUCGAACACGUCGAGCCAUAUGCAGUCGCUGCCUCUCUCGGGCAGUAUCACAGGCUCGGGGGGUUUCCUUGUUAUCGACGACGUGGUGGACUCGAAGAGGUCACGAAGCGGGCACAACCGACAGGUUCGAGCGAGCGCGGAGACGGACAACACGGGGCCUCGGAUUCGGGACUUUGACCUGGAUGUGAUUGACGACCACGAACCGUGA